AUGAACGUCUGGCUGCUUCAAGGAGGACCUGGAGCUUCGUCAACUGAUCUGGAGUCCACGAUGGUGACUCUUCACUCCGAGUUAAAUGGAACUACGAACGUCUACACGAUGGAUCACCGAGAUUUGGUGACAGCGUUAUCAGAUUCGGGCGUUCGGACUCUGAUUCCACCUCUUGUUUAUCGACGCCAGCGUUGCGCUCCUGACGACUUGGAUGUUCUGAAUAACUUCUUCUCGGCUAUCACCUAUAGCGAGAAAACUACAGCACAGGACAGCGCGUAUACGUCGACGCUUCUGCAGAGUCUUAUCGUGUACUCUGAAAUGAUGGAAACACCGCUGCCAUCCAUGUCGGAGUUGAAGGACAGAUUCACGAAUGUGAAAAUGAGCAGUGGCAGCGGGGUUUACGAAACGCUUCCUCAGUACUGCGCCUUCUCAAAAGACAAGUCGGCGUCAUGUGAAGAGAUCAACGUGGGUAACUACGAAUCUGACGGCAUCGUGUACAAGCGUGACCAGUACUGGAACAAGACUGCUACGAUUCCAAAUCAAGCUAGCGUACUGGUGCUAAGUGGUAAGCUGGACCCUCAGACUCCCCACAAAAACGCUGCGAGCUUGUUUAAAUAUCUGCAAGGCACGAAUAAGGAAAUGGUUGCCUUUGAUUUUGCAACACACGGCACAAAUGUAUCGACCCAGAUGGUUGCAGGAAACCCGCUGGGUGAAGCCUGCGGAAUGAAGGAGUUGGCGUCAUGA